CUACAACCCACCCUUCCACUGCAUCCGACCAGGCUGAAGAAUAUAUCGCGUUCUUAGCAGAUCAUACCACCCCAAAAGCUAUGACCGUUUCUGAAGUGGUACAAUCCACCCGUGCCGACCCCACUCCGCAAGCCGUCAUCGAAGCCCUCCGUAACAACUCCUGGCACUCAACGUUUGAGACACCCAGUCCCCUUGUCAACUCCCAGGACCUCCACGCUCUCUACAAUAUCCGCGACGAACUGAGUGUUUCUGAUGAUCACGAUCUCCUUCUUCGCUCUCACCGUCUCAUCCUCCCACAUACCCUUCGUCAACGUGCUCUCCACAUCGCCCAUGAAGGUCAUCAAGGCAUUACCAAAACCAAACAGCUGCUCCGCGAAAAGAUUUGGUUCCCUGGAAUCGAUGGGCUUACGAAAAAGCUAAUUGACACCUGUCUCGCCUGUCAGGCAACAGUCGUUCGACAGGCAUUUGAACCUCUACGCAUGACCGAGUUACCACAGGCCCCUUGGCAACAACUCUCUGUCGAUUUCUGUGGCCCUCUUCCCUCCAGCGAUAUGCUCUUCGUGGUAAUCGACGAAUAAUCGCGCUAUUCCGAGGUUGAGAUUGUUCGCUCCACCUCUGCAAAUACCGUCAUCCCGAAACUUGACCGCAUUUUAUCCACACAUCGCAUUCCUAGAGAAAUCAAGUCUGACAACGGACCUCCAUUUCAAAGUCAGUCUUUCGCCCAGUUCGCGCAAUACAUGGGGUUUCACCACCGAAAGAUCACUCCAGAGUGGCCCAAAGCCACGCUGCCCACUCCACGCUGCCCGCCUCGAAAACAAGAAUUGGAAGCAAGAACUGUUUCUUUUCCUCCGAAACUACCGUGCGACGCCACAUUCCACCACAGGAAUUGCCCCUGUCGAGCUCCUCUUUGGACGAAAAUUAACCGUCAAGAUACCGGAAGUAGUCCCCACGUCACCAUCACGCUCGCAAUUCGCCGAUAUCGAUCUCAAAAAGAAGGAAAAGAUGAAAGAGUAUGCAGAUACCGCAGCCAAAGCAAAACCACACAGCCUUCAAGUUG